CUUGUGAACACCGUGCAACACAUUAACAUCGCCUUAGUCCCACCCAGUUUUUGCGCGACAUGCACGCUUUGCAGACACACUAUAUGGACUCGUCGGCGGCCAUACUAUGGAACUAAAACGGCGCGAUGUAAUCCUCGCCGCCCUCGCCGUCUUCGUCGCGUGGGGCUACGUAACCCACUGGAUACCCUCUUUACGCUUUCUGCCGUACGCUUUUCUAACCGGAAUUCUCGCUUCAGUCGCGUUUCAGGCCUUUCUAUUCUUCUCGUUUUCACGUAAGAGGGAACGCAGAGGUCAUAUCAAGCCCUAUCCGACCCGCAAUGUCGCUUUUAUCAAGCCGCAAACAUGGAAGCAGGAGAAGGCAGAGUUGGCGAAGCGGAGCCAGUACAUCAGCGAACCGCUAUACAUGGAAAGCCCAGUGGUCACUCAGAGCAUAGACAAGUUGAUUGGGUUGAUAUUGAGAGACUUUGUGAAUAGCUGGUAUGGAGCUAUCAGCAAGCGGCCAACCUUUACGAAUGAGGUGGACAGAACAAUCCGUGCGGCUUUGAGCAAUAUUUUGGAUAGGACCAUAAACCUGGAUUUUGUGGGUGUUGGCGUGUCGCGGGUCGUGCCAAUCGUGACCGCGCAUAUGAGGGAGUUCUACGAGGCGGAGCGCACUGUGAGGGGCAGGAAGUUGAGCAAGAGCCUCACAGAGAGCGAGGAGUUGGACUUAGCAAUUGCGGGCAAGUACAGGGAAGGGAAACUACAUCCCGCUGCAUCUCUAGCCUUCUCGGAUACCAAGAUGGCGCAGCAAGGCUACCUGCGCAGUGUGGUCGUUCGUUUAUUGCCAAAAGUACUCCCGCCGAGUAUGACCACGAGUCGAGCGGUAAUGGUUCUGAUACAAGAGAUCGUUACAUGCGCUGUUCUGUUUCCAGUAGUUACAAUUCUGGCUGAUCCAGAUACCUGGAAUCAGCUGAUCGCCAAUUCUGGUCGAACAAUUCUGCAAGAGCGCAAGACGGUGAAAAAGUUACGGGCAGCUUUAGAUGAGCAUGCGAGUACCUCACCUAAGACCGUCAGGACCGUACCGUUUCCUAGAUUGGCGCCAGGAGAUAGCGAACGAAUGUUUGAACGCUUUAUACGCGCAAUCCGAAAGUGCAACACGAUUGCUGAUGCAAGGCGGUUCAGAAGUGAAGUUGCAAGUCAACUGCACCGGGAAUCCGCCGUGGCAGGUCAGGAUCCCAUCUAUUUGCGCAGACUAGAAACAGGGAAGCGGGCGCUCGACCAGCGCAUUGCACAGCUUGGCGCAAGUGGCAAUGUGAAGCCAGCUCGUGGAGCUCUACCACCGUCCGAAGACUCGUUUAGAUUCUCAGCAUCACGGGCGGAGACUAUGACGCUGCGUGAAGUGCUGUACAGUGCUACCGGAUUGUCGUAUUUCAUGGAAUACAUGGACCGUGUUCAUCUUAUGAAGCUUGUACAAUUUUGGAUCGUGGUGGAUGGCUUUCGCAACCCUCUCGAAGAUGAUGCAGAUGAGUCGAUCGAGGUCACCGAUUCUGCACGGGUGUGGACUGAUUCUGAGCGAAAUGAUAUUGCUCAGAUUAAUGAGGCAUAUUUAUCACUGCCCGAGAUCAAAAUUUCUCCUCUCUCUCGAGAGGCGAUUAGGAACUUUCUCAAGAGUGGCUCUCAGGCAACGAAUGCGCAGUAUUAUGCCGCACGAAAGGCAAUUCUACGCGCACAGACUGCUGCUUAUGAGGAUAUGCUGGAACCCCAUUUCUCUAAUUUUAAGAAAUCAGAUCUAUGGUACAAAUUGCUUGCUGCCGAAGAAGCUGCCAGCGUGCCUUCACGCCAACAGUUUUCUACACAGGCGCCAACAGCUCAGGGCGGCAGACGAUCACUGGAUGGAGAACGUGCAGCCAAGUCUUCAAGGCUACUCGCAGCACCAUCUAAGGUGAAAGCUCCUGAUCUUCGGCGUCAGGUCGCAUCUGCAUCAGAUCUCAAAGGAUAUGUUAAAGCCGACUCGGACGGAGAGUCGCCGGUUCGCAAGUCUCUUGAUAACGGGCGGAAACCGCUCUUUGAUGACGAUCUUGAUUCAGAUCCCUUGGCCAACUCAAUUGCAAGCCUUGACUCCGACCACGAACCCGCUGUACAGAAUGGCGAUAACGCUCAAAUCAUCGAUGCCAUGCAAGAAGCACUGAAUGAUAUCAUGGACGAGCCUUUGGAUAAGGAUUCAAUUUUCUCGGAACCUAGUAUGAAGUCACCUUUGGAGACAGAUUCAAUGCGCAGCUCGAUGGAAAUUACUAGACCUGCUUCACCCGCCGUUAACCCUCCGAAGAAAGGCAAACCUAGCGUUGCGUCGUUAGGCUUGUUAGGAACACCGGGUAAGAAAGGUGUUUUUGACGAGGAUCUGUUUGCAGAAGAGCAACCAAAGUUCAUAGAAGACGAGCAUGAAGAUUCCGCUGGCAGCGAGAAAGAUGACGAAGAUGCGAUCGUGGAGGCUGCCCCAGGAGAUCUCGGUCUGGCAGAAGCGAUUGAUGCUUUGACACUAGACAUCGAAAAGCUUGUCACUCAGGAAUCCAUUGUCGACUCGCUUACUAAAAAGGCUGAGCUUACCAAUAACGCUGCGGAAUUACGUAUCUUACGCAAGUCCAAAGCUAGUUUGCAGCGCGAAAUCAAUCGUAAAGAGUUACAGCGGCAGCAAUUCAUUAUCCAAGAGAGCGACAAUAGCUUGUACGGCCGCGCAACCAUUGCUAUACAAUCUGUCAUGGUAGGCAAAGACGAAGAUGGCAAAGAAUACGCGGUAUACGUCAUUGAAGUAAGAAGGCAAGCUGGUGACCAGAUGCCGGCCGCCUCGUGGGUGGUUACGAGGCGAUACAGUGAGUUUCAUGAACUGAAUAAGCGGUUACGAUCACGGUUCCCCAUGGUCCGAAAUCUUGAGUUUCCGAGGCGACAGAUAGGUCUCAAGCUACAGCGUGAUUUCCUACAGAAACGAAGGGCAGCGCUAGAGAAAUAUAUGCAAGAGCUACUGAAGGUCCCUGCAAUAUGUCGCAGUCGCGAAUUUCGGGCUUUCCUGUCGCAGCACGCUCUGCCCUCCGCAAGCCCUGCCAGUACUCAGGUUGAUCAAAAGGACUUUGUCUCACGAAUAUACAGCAGCGUGACGGACGGAAUGGAAGAGUUUCUGGGAAAUAUACCUGUUCUAGACCAGCUCUCCUUAGCGGGCCAGAACCUCAUCUCCGCAGCGACCACCCAGCUUAGCGCUACACAAGCGAACCCAUCGCCAGCGACUCAUAGCAGUCCAGCUUCAGAAGAACUAGCCGCGUCUGCCGAGGCAGAAGCUGAACUCCGUGCCUUCGAGACGCGCGAGCUGGAGCCCUUCGUCAAGCCCAUCUGUGACCUCUUCCUCGAGACCUUCGAGUUGAACCGUGAGAACAACUGGCUCCGCGGUCGCGCGGUCGUCAUUGUUCUACAACAACUCCUCGGCGGAACGAUUGAGCGCAAAGUCCGUGAGAGCGCGAAAGGCUAUCUCAGCGAUGAAGGUGUGGCGAAGUAUAUCAACAUGGUGAUCGACGCGAUGUGGCCUGGUGGCGUGAAGAGGGCCGAAGGUGUGCCGCGUACACAAACCGAGAAGACGAGGAGUAGGCAGGAGGCUGCAGUCGUUCUUGCCAGUCUAAUUCCAGAGUUUGUGGGUAGUGUUGUCGGACGAGCGAAUGCUCAGGCGGCGGCUCGGAGGAUACUGGCUGUAGUCAACAAUCAAAGAUUGCUGACUCAUCUCGUUUUCACAUUGUUGGAUGAGAUUGUACAGAUAGUGUUUGGCGACGGCGUCAUGAGGUGAAUGCAUAGGGCCAGGCGUUUCAAUUAGGAAACCGACGAGGUGACCAUAUAGAUCAGACAAAUCUCGUAAUAUCCAUCUUUGCCUGUGGGCUUCCACUGCGUUUUCAAGUGUGUGUCCCCCGGUACGGCCCCAAUGGCCGUCGGGAUUCUGCAACAGAGAUGGAAAUGUACGUGUUUGCUCUGCUCUGCAACGAGUCCGAUCCCAUGCUCACUGACCUCGAGCUCAUAACGAUGGCUGCCAUUCACCGAUCAUUGAGCCACCUGACUGUGCAUUGUACGCCGAUUAAACCCAAUCGAGGCUACGCACCGAAGCCCCAGCCACAGACAGCCAAUCUUCUGGUCGGCCCAGCAAUAAAUUUUGUUUUCUUCCGUGAAUCAAAC